AUGGCGGACCCGAGCCUGAAGCCCGAGAAGGACUUCAGCAAGGAGGCUGAUCAGCAGAUUCCCGAGGCAGAGAAGCUGGCCAAGACCGAUAUUCAGGCUGCUAUUGAGAAGCUUACCGUCUUCGAAAAACAAACCCGACAGGCCUCGGAUUUGGCAUCAACAUCCCGGACCUUGAUUGCAAUAUGUACAAUUUGCAAGGAUGCCGGCAACUGGAACCUACUGAACGACCAGGUUCUUGUCCUAUCCAAGAAGCAUGGCCAGCUCAAGCAGGCCAUCACCAAGAUGGUCCAGACUGUCAUGAACUUUCUCGACGCCACCCCCAAUCUCGAGACGAAGUUAUCAGUAAUCGAAACCCUGCGAACUGUUACGGAAGGCAAGAUAUUCGUUGAGGUGGAACGCGCCCGUGUCACCAAGAUUCUUUCAGAUAUCAAGAAGCAACAGGGCGAUUUGAAGUCUGCCAUGGAUAUCCUGUGUGAGCUACAAGUUGAGACUUUCGGAUCGAUGGAUAGACGAGAAAAGACCGAGUUCAUUCUGGCCCAAGUCGCGUUAUGUAUAGAAAACAACGACUGGACACAGGCAGGCAUCCUCAGUCGCAAGAUCAGCACACGGUACCUCGCACGCAAGCCAAAGAAGACGUCGGAGCAAAUAGAGAAGGAGAAGAAAGCUCGCGAAGAGAAGGAGAAGCGAGGCGAAGAGGUGCCCCCGGAAGUAGACGAUGACACUACUGAUCUCAAAUUGAGGUACUACGAGCAGCAAAUCUUACUAGCCAAACAUGACGACAAAUAUCUGGAUGUUUGCAAACACUACAGACAAGUCCUUGACACCGAAGCGGUUGAGGAAGAUCCUUCGAAACUCCAGCCUGUCCUCCAGCGCAUUAUCUACUUCGUUAUCCUUGCCCCCCAUGAUAACGAACAACACGAUUUGUUACAACGUGUCUAUCGCGAUACUCGGAAUACUCAGGUGUCUGAAGAUGCCGAGCUUCUCAAACUUUUCACAGUGCACGAACUCAUGCGCUGGCCUGAAGUAUCCAAGGAGUUUGGUCCUCAUCUAUGUGGCACCGAUAUAUUUGACAACCAACCUAAUCAAUCUAAAGACGAAAAAGCAUACCAGCGGUGGCAGGACUUGCGCAAACGAGUUAUCGAGCACAAUGUCCGUGUCAUAGCGAAAUACUACACCCGUAUCGGUAUGAAACGCCUAACACAGCUUCUCGACUUGACGGAAGACGAGACGGAGAAGUAUAUUAGCGAGUUGGUCUGCUCCAAGACCGUCUUUGCUCGUAUCGACCGACCUGCACGAAUUGUUAGCUUUGCCAAGCCGAGAGACGUCGAUGAUGUUCUCAACGAAUGGAGUCAUAACAUGAAGAGCCUACUUGGGUUACUGGAGCGCGUUGACCAUCUUAUUACCAAGGAGGAAAUGAUGGCACGCAUCCAGCCUGGAGUCCAGCCUGAGGGCAAGGCAGGUAAAGAGAAGAAGAGUAAGAAAAAGGCUUGA